GGGGAAGCGGAGGCCUUCGGGCGGCCGACCAACCAGACGGCCGAUGAUGUCAUCGGAGGAGGAGACUGACUGUUUCGCCCUCUACGGAGCAACGACGGAGAGCAAGCAACAGCAGCAGCUUCUGAAGAAGCAUAAGCGCACCAGACAGCGCGUGGACGCCGGCGAGCCGCGCAACAGCUACUCGAGCAUACCGAACUUCAGUUCGCGUCCGUCCUUCCUCAACGGCGGUCUGUACAGCGCGAUAUUCAGCGGUGGGUCACCGCAGCAGCAGAUACCCGGUGGAGCCCAGGGUGUCGGCGGAGGUGGAGGCGGAGGUGGAGGUGGAGGCGGAGGCGGUGGAGGACACCUGACGACGGGGCCGGCGAGCCAGCAUUCCGGCCACGCGGCCUUCGGUUUUUUCGGUGCGUCGGGCUUUGGCCCCGCCAAAAUGCUCAACGAAAUACUCGGCCGGCAAGUCAAGCAGGCAAGCGACGCCGGCGGAUCGCCACCGGAGGGCAGCCACGUGAUGACCGGUGCCGGCAUGGACUCGGCCUCGAGCUUGCAGCCGGGUGCCGUUAACUGCGAUGACCCAGCCACAGCCGCCGAGCUCACGCAGCACAUGCUCCGCGACAUACUGCAGGGGCGGAAACUCGCCGCGUUAUCGGUCCCCGAACAGCCGACCAACAACAACUCGAUACACAGCAACAACAACAACAAUAACAACAAUAACACGACGACGGAGCUUCUAAAGUCCCAGCAACACCAGCAACAAAACUCCCAGCAGCAGCAACAACAACAACAGCAGCAGCAGCAAACCAACGGUAGUGACGUCAGUGCGCGUGGCAUUAGUGGUGGCGCGGUGCAAAGUGGUGGGGAGGACAGUGCUGACGGCAACAACAUGUUGAGCUCGUCUCACGCCGUCGAGCGGGACGUCGUGAUGCCCGGUGACGCGGAGGACAGUGCCGAGGAUGCGGCGUCCGCUGCUAGGGCGAUGGAAGAGGCUUUCGCGGAGGCGGGAAUGGAGCCGGGUGCGAAUUUAGACGGCAGUGAUUGCGAGCAAAGUUUACCGCCUAGUCCGUCAGUGCCGCGUUCGGUAUCGGUGACGGUGAAAGAGGAGCUGCAGGAAUCGGCAGCGGCCGCAGCGGCGGCAGCGGCGGCGUCAGCGGCGAGCGUGAAGCGGAGUCCGAGUCACUCGCCGUGUCCGGUCAUCCCCAAGACGGAGGCGAGCUCGCCGUCGACGGAGAUAAAACGCGCGCGAGUCGAGAAUAUCGUAAGUACGAUGCGAUGCAGUCCGGCGCUGCAACCGCCCCCGGUUAACGGGUGCAAGAAACGGAAGCUCUACCACCCCCAGCAGCAGCAGGUGCACCACGUGCUCCAUCAGGGGGUGGCCGACGUGAUGCUGGACGACGAUGACGACACCGACGAGGACGAGGACCCGGCCACCAUACGGCAGAAGCGCGUCGAGAAGGACGCGCUCAAGUCUCAGCUGAGAACGAUGCAGGAACAGCUUGCCGAGAUGCAACAGAAGUACGUUCAGCUCUGCAGUCGCAUGGAGGCCGAGGCUGGUGAGAGCGGCGAAGCGCCCGCCAGCCCCCAGCAGCAACCGCAACCACCCCCGCGGCCCCCGCGCCCGCAUCCGCCACCCUACAACGGGUUGCCCACGCUGCCUCCCGAUCAUCCGCACGCGGCAGCCGCGGCGAUGUACCACAUGGGCCACAAGCUGUACCUCGAACAGCAGCACGCGGCGCUGGAACGGAUGAAGCAGCACCAAGAGGCGGCGGUGAGACAGCAGCAGCAGCAGCAACAGCAGCAGCAACAGCAACAACAGCAGCAACAACAACACCACCAGCACCAUCAGCAACAGCAACAGAACUCGCCACAGCCACCGAGCCAGCGAGAGCGGGAGCAACAGCAACAGAACCAAAGCGUCGGCGCGACCCCCGCGACACCUCAACCCCCUAUUCAGACCUCGACGCCGCUCCAACACCACAAGGAAUUCCAGGAGAGGCUUUCGGUGUUUAGAGGCGCCGCGGGGGGCUCGGGGAGCCAGAUAACCGGGGCCGAUCUCGAGGGUCUCGCGGACAUACUGAAGACCGAGAUAACCUCGUCGCUGACGAACCUGAUAGACAGUAUCGUAACAAGGUUCGUUCAGCAGCGGAGAUUCGUCGGGAAACAGAGCGAGGCUGCUCAGGCAGCCGCGGAGCAGCUGAACAAGGACCUGCUCCUGGCCAGUCAGCUACUCGAACGGAAAUCGCCAAGGACCAAGGUCGUCGACCGGGGUGCCGCGCCGCAGCCACCCACCGGACCCAACGGGCCCCGUGGGGCACACAAUGGCGGACCUCCGCCCUCGCAGCAGCCCGGAUUUCCUCAGCUCGGAUCGAUGGGACCACACGGGCCCCACUCCGGACCUACGGAAAACAAUAUAAACCAGAUAAAUCAGCUACCGCCGCACGUUAGGGCCGGUAGCGCUAUGUUUCAAACCCCGAAACCACCCACGAUAUACGCUAUGGCCUCGAUGCAGGCCCAGCAACAGCAGCAGAGGGAACAGCAGCAGCGCGAAGCUGCCCAGAGAGAACAGUAUUGCAACAUGAGGGCGGCCGCCGAUGAACGGGACAGCAGGGAUGCUGAACAGAAUGAGGCCCUUUCGCUCGUCAUAACACCGAAAAAGAAACGGCAUAAGUCUAAAUUCCAGGUGACGGACACGAGGAUCACACCGAGAACGGUAUCCCGGAUCUUGGCGCAGGAUGGCAACGGUCCCCAGGGAGGCAGCGAGAGUCCUCCACCUCCGCCACCCCCAAGACCGUACCACGCGCCACCCCCGAUGCUGCCGGUCUCGCUACCGACCAGCGUCGCAAUACCGAACCCAAGCCUCCACGAGAGCCAAGUGUUCUCGCCCUACUCGCCGUUCUUCAACCCUCACGGCGGACACCCGGGUCAGGUUCCGCCGCCUGGGCCUCAUCACCUGCCGGCCAGUCCUCCCGGGGGUGGCGUCGAACUGAGGGACUCACCACCCCUACCUCACCCCCCGGCGAUGCUUCAUCCGGCCCUCCUCGCCGCCGCGCAACACGGCAGUCCGGACUACGGUCACCUCAGGAUGGACAGUAACGAUCGGGGGAGCGAUUGCAACUCCGGGGACAUCAGCUACGAUGGGAUUCAGCCUACAUCGUCGACGCUGACUCCGAUGCACCUGCGCAAGGCGAAGCUGAUGUUCUUCUGGGUCCGUUACCCGUCAUCGGCAGUUCUGAAGAUGUACUUCCCUGACAUAAAGUUCAACAAGAACAACACGGCGCAGCUGGUCAAGUGGUUCUCCAACUUCAGGGAGUUCUACUACAUUCAAAUGGAAAAGUACGCAAGGCAGGCGGUAACGGAGGGCAUCAAGAACGCCGACGACCUCCACGUCGGCGGAGACUCCGAAAUCUAUCGGGUCCUAAACCUCCACUACAACCGCAACAACCACAUUGAGGUAUGGGGUCCUCAGGUGCCAGGAAACUUCAGGUUCGUCGUCGAACAGACGCUGAAGGAAUUCUUCAAGGCGAUCCAGGGUGGAAAGGACUCGGAACAGUCGUGGAAGAAGUCUAUAUACAAGGUGAUCUCGAGGCUCGACGACCCGGUCCCGGAGUACUUCAAGAGCCCGAAUUUCCUCGAGCAGCUCGAGUGAGGCGAGGCCCUAAACCCUGGCUGCAGGGCCUGUCGCGUUGGCGUUGAAGGUUGCGGCGAAGCGCCCCUAGGGUGCAGGACUCGCGCCGGCUCCUGAUCUUCGAUCCUCGAUCCUAGAUCCUCGAUCCCGGAAGGGCGUCGCGGACGACGAUUUUGAAUCGUUACCGCGAUUCGUCGGGCCGAGGUGGAGAACGAGAGGAGAAAGGAGGCGCCUAAGGUAUCCCUAGUACAUAUCCAAAUCGGCCAGACCAAAAACUAUAACUACUAUUACUACUAGUAAGGAAUAUGAAUAAUAACGACGAUUGUAAAGACGAGGAUGAAGACGACGGGGGGACGAGAAAUUAAGAUUAGGUCCCACGAGGAUCGUGAUUAAAUGAAUUUCAAACAAAGAGAUAUAAGGGAGGGAGUUAAUGAUAAAACAAAAUGAUGGAAAAAAAUAAAUAAAAUAAAAAAUAAUACAUAAAAAGUUAUACACAUUAUAUACGUAAUGAUAAAACGCUAACGAUAAAACAUAUACAUACACACCCUACGCUAGUACUAUUGAACAAUAUGCUAAUAAUAAUAUUACUAUUACUAAUAAUACUAAUUACUAACGCUAAUACUAAACUUACUACUACUACUACCUAGUACUACUAAUACCACUACUACUAAUACUACUAAUACUAAUGAUAAUACUAAUGCCAAUACUACUAUUGCCACUGCUAUUCCACCACCGCUACUAAGUACUAAAUGCAUAUAAAUGCUAUGCCGCUAAUCGUCAUAAGCUGCACGUACCGAGUAAUUAACGGUGGAUAAUGUACACGUGUAACAACACGUGUAUGUAUAUAGUGUUACGCGCGAUACAUGAUCGAUCGAGAUAUAGGUAUAUAUAUAUACAUAUAUAUGUAUAUAUAUAUGUAGGAUUGAAAUACAAAAGUAUCUAUGCGCCACGUACCGUACUCUAUGUAUCGACGAUCGCUACGACUUCACCGGACGUUCUAAUUAUUCAGGAAAUACGAUUGAUGUGAUCGAUCGGAAUAAAAAAAACAAAAAACAAACAAACACAAUACUGAUUGAAUUGAGGUAACGAAUAAACGUACGAAAACUUACCGAGGAGAUGGAGGAACAAGUCCGAGCAAGGGAAUAUUGUGGUUAUUCAAGUGCGAGAGAGGGGGAGAGAAAGAGAGAGAGAGAGAGAAUGAAAAAAAAAAAGAACAGGAACUAGGAUCAUUGACGAUAUACCUUUUUUUCCUUUCUUUUUUUUUUUUUUUCUUUUCAGUUUUAGCAGGAAGCGACGUGAGAUAGAAAGACCAAAAACGAAACGAAAGGCUGGACCGGCAAAGGCAAAACCAAAUUCUACGAGCAAAGAAAACAUAGAAGAAGCAAAAUAAAAAAAUUCAAAAAUCCAACGUGAUAAGGAUAGCGAAAUAACCGGUUUUUUUUCCUUUUUUUUUCUUUUUGCGUUUUAUUGUUCCGCUUGCUCUAUACAUCAGCCGACAGGUUUUGAAACAAUUCGGAGAAAAAGGUUUUUUCGUUAUCUGACGAUUUUUCGACUUUGGUUUUGACUUUGCUGAGCGCGAACGAAGGAAAGGGAAAAUUUUCGUUGAUUAUAGAACUGUAAGAACAACGGAUAUCGAAAGAAGGAAAAAGAGAGAAAACUGAAGACAAUGAAAAUUUGAUUGUUUUAAGUCUACUUUUUAUCUUUUACGGUGCUAAAAAAUCUAGUACCGACAACCGAUCGACGUCAAUUUUAUUUCAUGCGUCAGGGGCUCGUUCCAUAUACUUAUAGAAAACUAGUAAUUUAACGAUUUCAAUUAUUGUAUUUCGUAUGUUUAAGUCAUUCGAUACCGGUUCAACCUAACCUAAUCUAACCAAACCUAAAUCGCAAUUCAUAGAAAAAUAAGAGGAAGUGGGAAAAAAAUAAACCGCCAUGAUCGCAAUCUGAUUUAAUCGCAUGUGUAUCUUCAAUAUAUACAUAUAUGUGUGUGUGUAUAUAUAUACAAUAUAUAUAUUAUACAUAUAUACAAACAUGCAUACGUAGAAUGAAAUAAUUUAAAGUAUAAAGAUCGUGUAUAUUACGGUACAAAAAAAAAAAAAAAAAAAAAAAUGCAGACUAAUGCAAAAACGUGACGAUUAUUUAAAGACGAAAACGAGAGAUACGACCUUACCGACUGACAUGCACCGCUAUCGAGAUGGAGAUCAUUGAGCGUCGAUCAUAGCGGCGUAUCGGAGAAUCGGAAUCCGCUCGAUCUCUGUACCGGAAAUCGGUUCUUCGGAAAACCGCAAUAAUUCAAAAAUGGGAGAAAGAUUGGGAUGAAAUUAUUUUGCCUCGAUCUUUUGCUCUGUUGAUAACAACAUCCUACGUUUUUCACGCGCAUUGAUCGAUAGAUCGCUUCAUUCGCAUCCUGGGUAUGAAAAUUCAACCUUGUAUUGAUAUCGAAAUAAGGUUAACGUAACAACGAAUCGUCGCCGUCCGACCGGUGCAGUCAGUCAGUCAGUCAGUCAGAAUUCUUAUGAAAAAUAAAUAAAUAAACAAAUAAAAUAUCUCAAUUGUAAAUCUCGUUUUACACCCCGGCAGACGAGCACGCAAUAAAUUUUCCCUACUUUACACGUUAUUGUAGAAUUUUAUCGGUUUUUGUUUUUCAUACGUUUUUGAAAAACAAAAAUGUUAACGAUUUUUUUUCUCUUCCUUUUUUAUUUUCGUUCGCCGGGUUGAAUUGGCGAAAUAACAAUGAAUCUAUUUGGAAAUCUUCCCAUUGAUUCAACACUUUUGCUAAUUUUUCACACCUUCUACGACAGAUAGAAAAAAAGAAAUUCAAAAACGGUUAAAAUUAACACAAGAGCAAACAUAGAUUGUAAAAAAUGAUGGACGCAAAAUUUUUCGGCACGAUUUCGAGAAAAGACUAAGAAAAAAGUUUCCUAUUAUCAUUAUAAAUAGGUGUUAUACGCGUAAUAUCUGUUCACGAAAACUGUAAGAAUAUUGAUCGAUCGAUCGUUAACUAAAUUGACUAAAUAUUAGUAAUAAUAAUAACAACAACAGUAAGGAUAAUGAUUCUGAAAAUUUUAAAUUUAACGAAAAUAAAAAAAUACCUAACGAAUAAGGGAUGAGAAAAAUUCAGCGAUGUAUGAUUGAAGAUAAAACUAGAACGAUAAUAGUUAUAACGAAUAAAUCGGGCAGAAAAUGGAUGAAGGAAUAACGCGUAGGUUUGUCGCGUAUAACAUUAUCGUAUGCUUAAUAAUUAAGGUGUAAAUAAUUUCCAAAUGCAGAAACAAUGUCACACGCAUUAUACAGUAUCUUACAUAAUGGAAUCAACGUCGAGAGUAACGAAAAU